UUUCUCUUAAUUGCCUUCCAUUACUCUCUGUACACAACCGAUUUAUCCCAACUCCCCCAAAAAAAUUGGCUUUAGAAUCCCAAAUUCCAAAAACUAAUUAACGAAUCCCCCGCACCAUGUAGGUCUCUUCGUUUUCUCACCUGAGACGGAGAUGGUGAACUCGACGGCGGUGGCGAUACUCUCGCAGGGCAAAAAGAGAAAUACUCCAUCGUGCAUCUCUCUCCCCCGAUUGAAUCAAAUCUGAUGUCCGCGAAUCUAGAAAGUUUCAAAUUCCUUUUGACGGAGCAGAGGGGGAAGGCAACAGCUCCAGAUCUCGCACAAAUAGAGAGAAAAGGGUGCUUCAGAUCCCGACGAACCACCUUCCUCUUCUGCCUUCCGCUGCCGCUGCUAGUCGCUUCCCCACCAUCGCCUCUUCGUCCGUGUCGCCCUCCGACGAAUCGCCUUCCUCAACUUCAUCGGCCAGCGGAGAUCCAGAUCUGCAGACUCCAUUUUCUUUGAUGAUGAAUCAAAAUCGGGGCUCGGAGGAGCGUAUUCAUGAUCAGUCGACGACAUCAGCAGUGAAGAGCGUGAAGAAUGAUUCGAAUAAGGAAAGAAGUCAUGGCCACCAGCUCUAGGAUCUACUUCGUUCGAUGAUGGAGCAGCAGAGGAGCGGUGGAGGUCCUACGGAGGAGGAAGGAGGAAGUUUGACAGUGGUGGAGAAGAAAAGGAGGAUGAAGGAGGAAGUGGGAUGGUCGUGAAAAAGAAAAGGAGGAGGAAGGAGGAAGUUGGGUCGUGGAAAAGAGGAAGAGGAGGAAGGAGGAAGUUGGACGGUGGUGGAGAAGAGAGAGGGAGAUGUUGACUUGUCCAAUCUUUUUUGUUUUUUUAUUUAUUUUUUGUUUUCUUCAUUAAAGGUAAUACAUUUUUAUUUGACAU